AUGUUAUUUAAAAGAAUUAUUUAUCUUUCAAAAUUGCCUCUAAAAUUAAAUAAAUUCAAAAAUGCAUCAACUGCUGCAGUUCAAGAAGGUAUAUUAUUAUUAGAUUUUAAAAAUUAUUUUUUAGAACCAGCUAUACAACAAUCAAAACAAGUAAUUAAACUUGAUAAAGAAAAUGCUUUCCCAACCCAUUUUGCUCCAAGUAGAGGAAUUGGACGUCCAAUUUAUUCAUUAAUUCCUGGCCCAAAAGGAGAACUUCUUGCUGAUUAUGUGCUUUUUGAAGAAACAAUGAAAAGACAAAGAGUUCCAUGGCUUUGUUAUAAUAAAAUGACUAGCGAAGAAAGAACUAUUUAUAUUAAACAUUUUAAGGCUAUUGAAGAAAGGAAAUUAUGGUUAGUUUUUUAUAUCAACCCAAGUUUGAAUUUUUGGUUGGGAAAAGACGGACAACAUAAAAAACACUAA